AUGGUCUCCUUGGAAACAGAAACCUUAUUACUUACGACAUUCUGGACUCCUUCGCAGGUGGACUGCUCCUCAAAUUGUACUGUCGACACCUCCUCCGAUUGUGGGAUCCUCCAGGAUUCUCCUCCUCUAGGGAUCCUCCACGAGUCCUCCUCUAAGAUCCUCCUGGACUCCUCAAUUUCCGGCUCUUCCUGGACUCCUGCUCCUCUUGUGGGCUCCUCCUCCAGGAUCUUCGUGGACUCCUCCAGGCUGGCUCCUCAUGAACUCCUCUCAAGUUCUGGCCUGUUAGGACUCCUCCUCAAGUUCUGGAACUCCUCGUCGUCACCUCCUCCGGUUGUGAACUCCUCCUGGACUCCUCCUGUUGUUCUGGGCUCGUCAUGGGAUCCUCCUGGACUCCUUUUCCGGUUGUUUGAUCCUCGGGGACUCCUCCUCCAGGAUCCCUCAAGUCCUGGAACUCCUCGUGGACUUCUUCCCCGGUUGUGGGCUGUUAGGACUCCUCCUCAAGUUCUGGACGACUACUCUCAACAACAACAAUACCAAAUGCAAAACUAUCCACCACAACAACAACAACAAGGUGGAUACUAUCAACAACCACAGGGACAAUAUCAACAAGGAUAUCCACAAGGAGGCAAUUAUUAUCCACAACAAAACAACUAUCCAUCCCACCCCACCUAUUAA